AUAGAACACGUGUACGUAGCACCUGGAAAUGUUGGCAUAGCAAAGGAGAGAAAGGUUACUGUGGUGACAUUGGAUGUUAAGAAUAAUAAGGUCGUUGGAGAAUGGUGCAAAAAAAAUUAUGUUAGUAUGGUAGCUGUUGGACCUGAAGAAUAUUUAGCACAAGGGCUUGCUGAUGAACUAGAAAAUAUGGGAAUUUCAUGUUUUGGACCAAAAAAAGAUGCUUCCAGGAUCGAAGCUGACAAAGAUUGGGCAAAGGCUUUCAUGGACCGUCAUAAUAUUCCGACAGCAAAAUGGAAAGCAUUUACGAGUAAUAAAGAAGCCCAAAACUUUGUUAAAACGGCGUCUUUUCGUGCCUUAGUUGUCAAAGCUUCUGGUUUGGCAGCGGGAAAAGGUGUCGUAGUAGCUAAAGAUGUUCAGGAAGCAUCUAAAGCUAUCGAUGAAAUGUUAUGUAACAAAAAAUUUGGUUCUGCUGGAGAUACUGUUGUCAUUGAAGAAUUACUAGAGGGAGAAGAAGUUUCUGUAUUAGCAUUUACGGAUGGUAAAACAAUAGUUGAUAUGGCACCAGCACAAGAUCAUAAAAGAAUUUUUGAUGGUGAUAACGGUCCGAACACAGGUGGGAUGGGAGCUUACUGUCCUUGCCCACUUUUAGCACCCGAAGAAUAUAAAACUAUCGAAAAUCAAGUUUUACAAAAAGCUAUUGAUGGUCUUAGGGAAGAAAACAUACAGUUCACUGGAGUCUUAUACGCAGGCAUAAUGCUUACUAAAGAUGGGCCGAAAGUGUUAGAAUUUAAUUGCAGGUUUGGUGAUCCUGAAACACAAGUUAUCUUACCGUUAUUAGAAUCAGACUUAUUUCUUAUUAUGAAAGCCUGCUGUGAGGGAACAUUAAAUCAGGAUCUCGUUUCAUGGAAAAAGGAUUUCUUCUCAGUUGGAGUAAUUAUGGCUUCACGUGGCUAUCCUGAAUCAUCAUCCAAAGGCCAAGUUAUUCAGAAAGUCGAAGAAAUAAGUUCUAAAAGCAAUCAUUUUAUUUUUCAUAGUGGGACUAGUGUAUCUGCCUCUGGAGAACUUAUAACAAAUGGUGGUAGAGUAUUAAUUGCUGUUGCCCUCAAUUCUUCAUUGGCACAAGCAGCAGCAAAAGCUACAUCAGCUGCUCGUCAUAUUCAAUUUGAUGGCAAACAAUUCAGGAAUGAUAUAGCUCACAAAGGGAUCGCUAGAUCCAUUUUGCAGUAUGGUAGAAUGACUUACAAAAGCAGUGGAGUAGAUAUCAGUGCAGGUGAUUCUUUGGUGGCUGCUAUAAAACCCCUAGUUUCAUCUACUAAACGAAGUGGCACACUUGGUAGUAUUGGUGGUUUCGGUGGCCUGUUUGAUACAAAAGCUGCUGGUUAUAAAGACCCAUUAUUAGUUUCUGGAACUGAUGGGGUUGGUACAAAAUUAAAGAUAGCAAUUGAGUGUAAGAAGCACGAUACAGUUGGUAUAGAUUUAGUUGCCAUGUGUGUUAAUGAUGUUCUAGCUCAUGGAGCUGAACCACUUUUUUUCCUCGAUUAUUUUGCAUGUGGUCGACUUGACGUUCAUACGGCAACACAAGUUGUAAGUGGUGUUUCUAAGGGAUGCGAGUUAGCUGGUUGUUCUUUGGUAGGUGGGGAAACUGCUGAAAUGCCAGACAUGUAUGCAGAUGGAGAAUACGAUUUGGCUGGUUUUGCUGUUGGAGCAGUUGAAAAGCCAGAUUUGCUCCCCAAAACUGACGAUAUAAGGCCAAAUGAUAUUCUUAUUGGCUUACCAUCAAGUGGAAUUCACAGCAAUGGCUUUAGUUUGGUUCGAAAGGUUUUAAAAAUAUCAGAUAAAGACUACUCUGACAUUGCUCCCUUUUCACCAACAGGAAAAUCUAUUGGUGAAGAGUUGCUGGUACCUACGAAAAUUUAUACCAAAGUCGUAAUUCCUGCCAUAAGAUCAAAUUUAAUAAAAGGAUUUGCUCACAUAACUGGUGGAGGCUUGACAGAAAAUUUACCUCGUAUUCUUCCUCAUUCACUUGGUGUGACAUUACAUGCAACAAAAUGGAACAUUCUUCCAGUUUUUGGCUGGCUAGCUACAAUGGGUGGUAUUAGUAAAGCUGAAAUGUUGAAAACAUUUAAUUGUGGCAUUGGUGGUGUUCUUAUAUGCUCACCAGAACACAAAGACAGAGUUCUUCAUUUACUAAGAUCAGAAAAUCCCACCGUUGUAGGUGAGGUCAACAGCUUGCAAGGAAAUCAAGAAAGAGUCAAUGUUAAACAUUUCGAACAAGCUAUAGAAUCAAACAUGAAGAAAUAUGUUACUCCUCUAGUAGAAAAAUUAUCAAAACCAUUAAAGAAAGUUGGUGUUCUGAUAUCAGGAAGUGGAACAAACUUGCAAGCUUUGAUUGAUGCUACACAAGAUCAAGAAAAAAAUAUUGGUGUAGAAAUAGUUUUGGUUAUUUCAAACAAAAGUGGCGUUAAAGGUUUGGAACGGGCUGAAAAAGCAGGAAUACCAACAAAGGUCAUCAAACAUGUAGAUUUUCCAAGCAGAGAAGACUUUGACAAGGAAAUGGAUAAGGAACUUGUGAAAGUAGGAGUUGAAAUAAUAUGUCUUGCUGGGUUCAUGCGAAUUCUUUCGGCUUAUUUCGUCAAUAAGUGGAAAGGAGCUAUAAUAAACAUUCAUCCGUCACUUCUUCCGGCAUUUAAAGGAGAGCAUGCACACAGAGAUGUACUAAAAUUCGGCUCUCGGAUUUCAGGCUGUACAGUGCAUUUUGUUGAGGUGGCUGUUGAUGCUGGAGCUAUUAUUGAACAGCACGCCGUACCUGUCUUACCUAACGAUACUGAAGAAACGUUACAGGAACGAGUAAAAGUUGCAGAGCAUAAAAUUUUUCCUUUAGCUUUGAAGCACUUGGCUACAGGAAGAGUAAAAUUGGGAGACGAUGGCUCUCUUAAAUGGAAUUAUUGAAAAAUACUUAAACUAUUGUAAAAAAAGGGUACGAACACAUUGAUUUUUUUACUUACAUAUUAUUA